AUGCAAGGCUCUGCAAGGCAGUUUCCUACGAUUAAAGCCGUGCGAUCCUACGUCAUUGGCGGCGUAGGCUCCGGCGGUGAUUAUCACAAUGUCAAAGGAGGUCACUGGCUCAUUGACAGUGACAUCUCCACGCCAUGCUCACAAUGGGCUCAGUACCGCAAGUCGCGUACUAGUUGGGGUAUCAACGUUCUGGGGUCUUUUCUGGUCGAGAUAGAGGCAUCCGAUGGAACUGUUGGCUUUGCAACUGGCUUCGGAGGUCCUCCUGCCUGCUGGCUGGUUCACCAGCAUUUUGAGCGAUUCCUGGUUGGCGCUGAUCCGAGAAACACGAACCUUCUCUUUGAGCAGAUGUAUCGUGCUUCCAUGUUCUAUGGCCGCAAAGGACUUCCCAUCGCCGUCAUCUCUGUCAUUGAUCUUGCACUCUGGGAUUUGCUAGGCAAGGUCAGGAACGAGCCUGUCUAUCGACUCAUUGGUGGGGCUACCAAAGAACGCCUCAACUUCUACUGCACAGGACCCGAACCAACCGCAGCCCGAGAGAUGGGCUUCUGGGGUGCCAAAGUGCCGCUCCCCUUUUGCCCUGAGGAAGGCCACGAGGGACUGCGGAAAAAUGUCGAGUUUUUGCGCAAACACCGUGAAUCUGUCGGACCAGAUUUCCCCAUCAUGGUGGAUUGCUACAUGAGCCUCAAUGUCUCUUAUACCAUUGAGUUGGUCAAGGCGUGUGCCGAAUUCAACAUCAACUGGUGGGAAGAGUGCUUGUCUCCCGAUGACACGGAUGGCUUCGAGCAAAUCAAGCGUGCGCACCCGACGGUGAAAUUCACGACCGGCGAACACGAGUACUCUCGCUAUGGAUUCCGAAAACUCAUCGAAGGUCGCAAUCUUGACAUUAUUCAGCCCGAUGUCAUGUGGCUAGGCGGCAUGACGGAGCUGCUCAAAGUCUCAGCCAUGGCUGCGGCAUACGAUAUUCCCGUAGUUCCCCAUGCCAGUGGUCCUUACAGCUACCACUUUGUCAUUUCGCAGCCAAACACACCGUUUCAAGAGUAUCUCGCCAACUCUCCUGACGGCAAGAGCGUCCUCCCCGUCUUUGGCGAUUUGUUCGUCGACGAACCGAUCCCAACCAAGGGUUAUCUUUUGACAAGCGAUCUGGAUAAGCCUGGAUUUGGCUUGACCAUCAACAAUGCUGCACGCUCUAAACUCAUUCCUUCAAACUACCUCCUUAGCCCUCCGCCUGUACAGCAGCCCGCGCCCCCUGUUAAUGGCGAGGGCAAGCUUCACAAUGGCGAUUCAGAACACGCGUCAACAGCAUGA